AGCACACGUGUUACGUGUAUCGCACUUAUGAUAUUCCUUCGGAUAACCUGUGCCCGCUCGAUGAGCUUUGACCUACCCAUGUAUGGAUUCGACACUUAUCUGGACAACACCAGCGAUGACAUGCUCCCGGAUGAGGCUAAAUGCGACCCGAAGAGCAGCGUUCCGGUUACAAUGGAGCCCCCGCCCAGCAUGAGACCGUCCCACCAAUUCAGUUCAUCUACGAGCGAUGGUUAUUGCGGUAAUAUGGAGAUGAUCAACACCAACAUGAAGGCCACCCACAUAGCCCAGAAGGCCGCCGACGUGGCCAGGGCUGCCAAUAAUGCCCAGGCGGAGGCGGCCCAGAAUGCCUCGCGCAAGGUGAAAAUGAAACUGGCUAAAAAGGCGAAGGCCGCCUCGUCUGCCGCCGAUGCCGUUUUGGAAGGCAAACAAAACAUUGUGGACCAUUACGAAAGCGAAAUGCAGGAUGCCGAAGAGGUUGUGAAACGGGUGGCCAAUUCCCUGGAGUCCAGUGAAGCGGAUGCGGGAUGCGCUUGUGCAGCGGUAAAGGCGGCUGAGGCUCAAGCCGCCUCUUUCGGCGUCUUGGUGAAUAGCACAAGGGGCACUUUGGCGGACAUCGAGCAACUGAUCGAGCAGGCCCACAAAGACCUCGAUGAGAAAGUCCAAAUGUUGGCAGCGGCCAAGGCGCGUGGUGAGCGAUUGGCCCGCCAGGUGGCGCAGGCCAAAGUGGAAUACGAGCUGGUGAGGGAGUCGGCCUGUCGAGCGGCUAACGACGCCACUGAGGCCAAGCAAAAGGCUGCUGCAAGCAAUUGCGUGCCUCCACCCACAACACCUCCUCCGAGGGCGGCGGGAUGCGGCGGUGCCUUCGGUUCCGAUAGAGCCAGCUACAACGUCCUCUUGGAUCUCUACAGACAGCGACGUCGGGAUCAACAGCGAAAGCGGCGCGAGAAGCUCCCCCGGCGGGGGAUUCGUGGUCAAGGAAAAAUUAUGUACAAGGGUUGCGAUGAACACUCUACAUUCUGAUACAGAUAACCUAUUUCCGUUCCGGUUCCCAAGUCCAUUUUUCAAACUGCGCUUUAGCAAGGUUUAAAGGAUAUCUUCCACGGUCUAAUACGGUUUUUUAACAACAUUAACGUUAUAUUUUCUACACCUAAAGAGCUUUUCAAUUGCUUUCAUAUUUAAAGGAUCAGAGAGGAUCACAUUCCCGCUCAAAUGCCUUCUUGAUUUUGAUAGAGGUUCCAAAGUAUACGUUCUAAUUUUAUAAUGGUUGCAGAUUAUAUUUUCUAUUUUUGCAAAUGCUAUAGAUAAUGUAAUCUAAUUUUAAAAUGCCUUCAGAUUACAUAAGGUUGGCAGUACACUUUAACGUUCUAAAUGUUAAU